GAACAUCACGUGAUCUUUACAAAAAAUGUAAAUAAACAAAAGGAAGUUAUAGCGAGAAAUUUAAAUUUAUUUGCCGAAUUAUGAAAUCAAGAUGACUUCUAAAGAAAACUCUUCAUUUGAUGCACCGAAUUCUCGCAACACUUCUAAUGUUGAGUUUGAUGUAAAUUUGUCAUGUAAAAACUGUGCAUCAUCUGUUGAAAAUGUUCUGUCCAAAAUAAAAGAUAUCAAAAUAAUCAGUAUUGAUGUAGAAAAGCAGAGUGUUGUUGUAGAAUCAUCACUUCCUUCGCAAGUUGUUAAAGAAGCAAUAGAAUCAACAGGAAAAAGAGCUGUUCUAAAAGGCUUUGGUUCAAAGAAACUUGAAUCUGCUGUUGCUGAAAUAAAAGGUGAAUGUGGUAUAUUUGGUGUUGUUAGAUUUCACCAAGCUGAUAAAGAUUUAUGCGUAAUUGAUGGUACAGUUGAUGGCCUUUCUUCUGGUGAACAUGGAUUACAUAUUCAUGAAUAUGGAGAUCUCUCACAAGGCUGUGAAAGCAUUGGGCCACAUUUUAAUCCAACAAAUUCAGUGCAUGGUGGAAGAGAUGACUUAAAACGGCAUUAUGGAGACUUAGGAAAUAUUGUUGCUGAUUCAAAUGGUCGAGCAAGUUUUAGAAUACAUGACAAUAUUGUAAAGGUUUUUGACAUUAUUGGAAGAUCACUUGCAGUUACUGCUGGUAGAGAUGAUCUAGGGAGAGGAAAUAAUGAGUCCUCUACUAUUGAUGGAAAUUCAGGAAAAUGUUUGGCUGCAGCUAUUAUUGCUCGAUCUGCAGGAUUAUUUGAAAAUCCAAAAAGAAUAUGUCAGUGUGAUGGAAUUACUGUCUGGGAUGAAACAAAUCAACCAAAAUCAUGAUUGGAAAGCUUUGUUGCAAAAGAAAAUGUUGCAACUACUUCAAACUUUAAAUACAGAUUGCAGUAUUAGAAAUUCCAUGCUACAGGUGUUGUCAAAUUUAUUUUGUAUAAAUUAUUAUUAUGUUUUUAUUUUCUGAUAUAAAUUCUUUAUUUUGAA